AUGGUUGAAUUCACUGUCUUCAAGGGUUCUAAGGAGGGAAAGAUUGUUAAGGCUACUACUACUAGAGAAGUUGGUCCUAAUGAUGUCUUGGUCAAGAUCACUCAUUCAGGUCUUUGCGGUACCGAUGAGCAUUACAGACAUGCCGAUAUGGCUUUAGGUCACGAGGGUGCCGGUGUUGCAGAGGAAGUUGGAUCAGCUGUCUCGAACAUCAAGAAGGGUGAUUCCAUCGGAUGGGGAUACCAACACGGCUCAUGCCAAAACUGCAAGCAAUGUCUUACUGGUCACGAGACCCUCUGCGCCGAACGUGUCAUGUACGGAUACGGUAACCUGGACCAAGCAUCCAUGGGAACCUACGCCGUCUGGGACGCCGCAUUCCUUUUCAAGAUCCCGGACAACCUCGCCCGCGAAUACGCCGCUCCACUCAUGUGCGGCGGAGCCACCGUCUACAAUGCACUCCGCUCCUUCAACGGAGGUGUCAAGCCAAGUGAACGUGUCGGAAUCAUCGGAAUCGGUGGACUCGGCCAUCUCGCCAUCCAAUUCGCCGCCAAGAUGGGUUGCGAAGUCGUUGUUUUCUCCUCCACCGACGCUAAGAAAGACGAGGCUCUUGCGCUUGGUGCUACCGAAUUCGUCGCCACCAAGGGUGUAUCUGAACUCAAGGUUUCGGCUCCUAUUGAUCACUUAAUCGUCACUACUUCUUUCCAACCAAACUGGCAUCAAUUCAUGGAUAUCAUGGCUCCUCAAGCUACCAUCUACCCCUUGACUGUUUCCUCCGGAGAUAUGAAUAUCCCAUACAUGCCAAUCCUCAUGUCGGAGUUUAAGAUCCAGGGUUCUUUGGUGGCGGCAAGACAGGUUCACAGAGAUAUGUUGGCAUUUGCUGGUCACCAUCAGAUCAAACCUAUUAUUGAGCAGUUCCCCAUGACGGAAGAGGGUAUUCAGACGGCAAUGCAGAAAUUGGAGGAUGGUAAGAUGAGGUAUAGAGGUGUUAUUGUUGCUCAAUAA